ACUACAAAUUUGUUAGAAAAAAACAAACAACUUAAAUGCGAUUAUGAACAAAAAAAUGAUAAGCAGUGUGAACCAAUCACAGAGAAUUUAAUAAAUGUUGAAGAACAAGAAACAGUUGUUAAUAACUUAAAUAUAUAUAAUAGUUCAAAAUUAAAAUCUACCACAAAAUGCAAGAAAAGUAAAAUGCCACGUAAAUCAUCCAUGGACAUGUUUAUGGCUACUCCAAUAUCGCAAAAAAUGUUCAGUAAUUGCCCAAGCAAGAAAUCCACAAAAUCAAAAGUUUGCACUACUGAAAGUAAAAAGGAAAUACCAGUUAAUGUAUUAACAGAAUCUAGCAGAAACCUACAACAAACUGAACCCAUUUCAACAUCCCAUUCUGUUCCAGAUUCGAAUGUUGAUAUUACAAAGAAAUACACACUUCCGAAACAAAGCACGAAGUCCAAUAAAGGUAAAUAUCAGCACAAAUUUAUCUCAGAAAGUUCCGAAACUACUCCAGAAUUUAUGGAUAAUACUUUAGAAAAAAAUAUGGCUGUACUAAAAAAUUUCGCUUUACAUAUUAACAAUAUAAAAAUGCAAUCUAAAGACACUAACGAAACUGGUUCAACCGCGUCCAAACCAUUAGAUGAUAUUACAAAAAACCGACAACGUCAAGAGGAAAACAAUCCAAUAAAAUACGUUGAAUUUCUAGAAAACAGUUUGGAAUAUAAUAUUGAUUUGAAGAACAAUAGAAUUGUUCGGGUCGAAAUACCAAAAAGAAACGAACCUCUACAAACUAAGUCUUAUAAAAGAGGUGAAUACCUACAUACAACACCUAGAGAUGAUUCUCCAGUAAGCUCAACUGAUGCCUGUGUAUUCUUAGAAAAUAACUCCAGUCAAGGAGGUGAAUAUCUUCAUAAUACACCAGAAGAUGAAACUUUAGUACCGUCGAAUCUGUGGAAUAACUCUGUUGAUAGAGGUGAAUAUCUUCAUGUAACACCAAACCAUGAACGUACAGCACGGUUAACUGAUAAAUCGAAAACUCUACGAAACAUUUUGCUCAAAAUAAAUGAAUAUCUGCGUACGAUUAAUGAUGAUUCUGUAACCCUUUCAACUAAUACAUGUGGAUCUGAUAGUCUUCAUAAAAAGCAAAAUAUUAAUAAAAAGAAAUGCAAUAAGAGUCGUUCCCAUUUAAUGAAUAUGCAAGAACAUGGUAGCUCAGAUUUGAAUAUCGAUAAUACUAUAAACAACCAACAAACGGAUCCCAAUGAGAAAAAGUUUCGAAUGCAACGACCGAAAAAAGAGCAUGAUUGUGAUCCAUCCAACAUACAAAUCAAUUCUGGAAUCAAUAGCUCAUCGCCAGAAACAGCACCAUUAUUCAAUACUAUUCAUGAUGACAGCGAACCUAGUAUCUUAUACAACAGUUGCGACCUGCCGAGUGGUCAGAAUUUAAACAGACCUAAUUCAGGAGAAGAUGAUAAUUUCAUGUAUAAUCCAUAUUCGAAUAGUUACAAUUAUAAUUGUAAUGAAUUUUAUAAAGAAUAUACAGAUCAAUUUGGUAACGCACCGAAAAAUACUAAGAGUAGUCAAUUUGGAAAUUCAAAUUUUAUGUCAUCUCGUCUUACUGAAAAUAUAGAACAUAACAUGAGAAGAUCACAAGGAUGUGAUGGUUUUUCCACAAAUAAUUUCGGUUUUCCAAAUAUAAGACAAUCCCAUCGAAUGAAGAGUUCAUAUCCAAGGUGUUCACAGCAAAUGUCCAGUAAUAUGAAUGCAUCACAGUAUCUCUAUAUGAAUAAUUCAUUUCCGAGAUCUUCACAUAUAGUGACUGGCAAUUUAACAAAAACUUUCAAUAGAAUUACUACAUAUCCGAGAAAUCCACAAAUGAUACCUCACUUUGCAAAUACACUUUUUCCUAGGAAUUGUACACAUUCAGUUUAUCCACAAAUGUCAACUCGAACUUCAACGAUUAAUACGACUAAUAAUGUGUAUCCGCAAUGCAUUCAAAUGAUGUCUCCCAACGUUAUGGGUACCACUCAAGUGUUACUUCAUCAACGGAAUGUUAGACAUGUGCAGCAAUUAUCAACAGUUCUUUGUAGCCACACAAAUCCAAGCAGUGAAUUGCAUAGUACUAUUUCGCAUUUAAUACCUGGACGACGUCCAACACUUGGUCGCGGUGUUAGACAAAUGCCAAGAAUGAACGAUCCUGAAGCAAGGUCUCCAUUGAAUUCACUAUUCUUACUCUCAAGUGCUGGAGAAUUGAGGUCACCUAAAUUUAAAAGCAGCCAUCAUGCUAGACCUUGAGAUGGCGGCUGCUGAUUUUAAGUAAUAAGUAGUCCUUGAUUUUAAUAUUAUUUAAAGUUUAUAUAAACAUAUAUAUGGGUGUUUGUUUUUAAAGUUUUUGUAUUAAAGUAGGUAGUUCCUAGGUCCAAAAAGCACAUAAAAUCGUAUGAAAAAGCAAGGUA